AUGGUGGAGCUCCGACCACGCACGGCCAAAGGUGCCGUCGCCAGAGCAGAAAAGCCGGAAAACAUCCGCCAGCGCACCGAUGACAACGAAGGCGGCGACGAUUCGACGCACGCGGAUACGGCGGCACAUGCGACGAAGCUCCCCACGCCGCUCCAGUUCCCCAUCGUCGCGGUGCUGAGCUUGGUGCUGUCAUCGCUGGGCUACGCCUUCUUGGGCGCCGUGACUGGUGGUGAUUUGGCGGCUGUGGCGAGGUCGACGGAUGACUGGCGAGAUGUUGUCGUGUUGACGGGAUGGAGGAUAUUAGUAUUGGGAAUUGGGUGGUUCGGAAAGCUUGAUAGCUUUGAUCUUGCCGCGCUGAACAUCCUCAGCCACGGCCCUGCUCUCUACUUAUUGGUUACGUUCUACAACGUCAGCGCCGCAUCAGCCCUAUCGGCUCUCACCAUUGACGCGCUCUCGACAGCGAUUCCGUUCCAGCUCCUCCGCCCCGUGUCCAGCGCGCAUACGGCCGCAGAAGACGCGCCAAAUCAGGAGAUCGUUGCGGACCCGGCUAUCCAGGUCUACACGGCCUCUCUCUCGGCCGUGGUCUACGGCGCGACCCUACUUAGUUCUCUCAAGACGUUCCUCCCGCGCGUGCUGGCCGUCCACUUCGAUAGCAUCAAGACGCUGAUCCCCGCCUACGACGCGACGUGGCUGACCGUCGCGCCCGCAGCCCUGGUGGCCGGCAUCGCCGCCAGAGUGUUCAUCUUCACGCCGUUCGCGGCCACGCCGAAGAAGACGGAGGACGCCAGGCUGGGAGACUUCGAUCCUGCUGCUGCUACGUUGUCCGAGACGGCUGCCUACAACCUUUGGGGGUACACGGCCAAGGCGAAAGUUGGCAUCUUGAGGGUCGCCGUCGCCGUCGUAGUUACCUACGUCGAUACUUACCUCCAGUGCGCCAAAGUUGUCGAUGGCGUCGAACCAGAGGGCGCGAGGGUGUACGCGGCGGUGUGGGCCUCGGCAGCCCUGUUCUCGGGCCUCGGGCUUGGCCUUGUAGGGCGGACGUAG